UUCCUGAAGUGUGUAACGUUCAGCCAAUCACAUGUGGCCAAUUGAUCAGCUGCUUGACACAUGCUACUCAUGCACAAGGGCCACAUAUUGUGUGAAGGCAAGAUUUCACUUAGAGCAUGUCAGAAGAGCCAUAAUGCGAAGAAGGAAGCCAAGAAUCCGGCCUGUUGAUGAUGCAACAUCACACAUUCUUUCUUCGGGAGAUAAGCAGGGGCUUACUCAAAACGUCAUUGAUGAUUACAAAGGACGGGGAGUGUUUGCUACCAAGAGAUUUGAAAAAGGGGAUUUUGUCGUGGAGUACAGGGGUGAAAUCAUCUCUUUCGAAGAAUGUCAGUCAAAAAAGUACUCCACUACAGAGAGUACAUAUCUUUAUGAAUUUGAAUGGAAGAAUCAUAGAUGGUGCAUUGAUGCAUCCAGAGAAGAUGGGUCACUUGGACGAUUAGCGAAUGACGACCACAAAUCACCAAACUGUGUCAUGAAAAAAGUUAGUGUAAAUGACAGAGUACAUUUGUGCCUGUUUGCUCUGAGAAACAUAGAACCAGGAACUGAAAUUGUCUACAACUAUGGGGACUCAAAAUGGCCCUGGCGUAAAAAGGAGAACCUUGAGAAUGCCAACGUUGGGUCAGAUGAACCCAAGCUGUUCCCGGAUCAUGUUACUACUCAGGAGAACCUUGAGAAUGCCAACGUUGGGUCAGAUGAACCCAAGCUGUUCCCUGAUCAUGUUACUACUCAGGAGAACCUUGAGAAUGCCACCGUUGGGUCAGAUGAACCCAAGCUGUUCCCUGAUCCUGUUACUACUCAGGAGAACCUUGAGAAUGCCACCGUUGGGUCAGAUGAACCCAAGCUGUUCCCUGAUCCUGUUACUACUCAGGAGAACCUUGAGAAUGCCACCGUUGGGUCAGAUGAACCCAAGCUGUUCCCUGAUCCUGUUACUACUCAGGAGAACCUUGAGAAUGCCACCGUUGGGUCAGAUGAACCCAAGCUGUUCCCUGAUCCUGUUACUACUCAGGAGAUCCUUGAGAAUGCCACCGUUGGGUCAGAUGAACCCAAGCUGUUCCCUGAUCCUGUUACUACUCAGGAGAACCUUGAGAAUGCCAACGUUGGGUCAGAUAAACCCAAGCUGUUCCCUGAUCAUGUUACUACUCAGGAGAACCUUGAGAAUGCCAACGUUGGGUCAGAUAAACCCAAGCUGUUCCCUGAUCAUGUUACUACUCAGGAGAACCUUGAGAAUGCCAACGUUGGGUCAGAUAAACCCAAGCUGUUCCCUGAUCAUGUUACUACUCAGGAGAACCUUGAGAAUACCAACGUUGGGUCAGAUGAACCCAAGCUGUUCCCUGAUCAUGUUACUACUCAGGUGUUUUCUGUCGGCGGAAUUUCACUUGUGGAUUAUUCUGACUCUGAUGAAACCAGUUCAGAUUGUUGGAAAGACCAGCCUAUGACUCCUCAUAUUGAUGAAGUUAAGGAAAAGCUGAACGACACAAGAAAAAUUCCGAUGGAAAGCGUUCCAGACCAUUCGUCUCCUCUGCAUGAUUCCUGUCAAAGUGUAGUGGAGGAAAGUGAAGCCAUUGAAGAAUCCAGUGAUGUCGACUCUUUCAAAGACAAUUCCAAGGAUGAGGAUGUUAUUCCCAAACUGAGGAGGACCAAAAGCUCUCUGAAACAAGUACCUGAUUUCUAUCAUAAUAUCUAUGACACAAGUGAUGACAGUGCCCCAGACUCCACUUUUAAGGCUGCACAGAGGCAGAGGCCAAGAAGAGCCUGUCGCCAUCCAAGACCGUUGACUCACAAGAUUGUCCCCAAGAGAACAGUGAAGGUAUGCUGGAAGGAGAGGAGACAGAAGAUGCAACUUUUUUGUCAGAAGAAGUACAGGGAUCAGAGGAUGAGACUGCAUCAACCCUGCUAGAAGGUACCGCCUCUGUGAACUCCAAAAAGAAGAGAUUGGCAAGAAAGAGAGGAAUAUCAGAAGACGAAGCCACACCUCUCACAACAUCCGGCACAAAGAAAAGCAAGCCAUCAAGAAAGAAAGGUACAAAACCUGCCAUCAGAAGACCAUGGACGCCAGAGGAGUGUGCAGCAAUUAAGAGGCAAUUGAGAAGGUUUUUAAUAAUGAAUAUGACACCGGGUAAGGCAGAUUGUGAAAAAUGCCUUUCCGAAGAACCCGAGGCACUCAAAAACCGAGACUGGAAGGCAGUAAAAUACUUUGUGAAAAACAGAAGUUAUGAACAGAGAAAGAAAUCGAUGUAAGAAAAAAUAGGAAAGGUUUUUUUCUCAUCUCUUGGAUUUUUGGAUUGAUGCAAAAGUCAGGUUUUAUUACCAUGCAAAAUGGUAGAAAUGUUCACAAUACAGUUCACAAAGGUUCAACCUAUGCCUGCCUUCGGCAUUCAAGCUAUUGUUAAAAAAAUGUUAAGUUGUUGCUGUUUGAUUUCGAUUUUCAUAUUCACGUCAUAAGAACUGAAACUACCGAUGGCAUUAUGGUCUUUUUUUGUCACUGUACCAUAACAAGUAAUACUCAAAGUUGAAUAAAAGUGAGAAAUGUGAGUAAA